AUUGAGCUCCCUGCUUUAUCUCAGUAUAUAAGAACGGGUUCCACGUUGUGCACAGCAGUAAGAUUCGUCUUUGAUUGUUAGUGUGACUGUUCUACUGUAAACUGUCCAUGAAAAAAUGGCUUGUUAUUUCAGUUCGGUUUUCCUUGCGAUGUUGGUCGGCGUUGGUCUGGCAUGGUUUGCAACUAAUGAAGUCAACAGUUUCCACCCCUCCAUCAGAGAAUUUCUUAUCGCAUCACAUCAUGAAAGCCUUCAAAUUGUAGAUGAAGCCAUUCACCAACCCAGGAAUCGACCAAGGAUAACCUCCUCUCUCAUCCAAUUGUACACAUAUCAUCGGCAAGCUGAGCCUGAGACCCAGGAGAUAUGUCGAGCUGCAGAGAUUUUUCAAACAACCCUUAAACUGCUAAAGGAAAGAGUGAAACAGAGCUACAAAAGGAAUGUCACAUUACCAGAGAUAUUAUCACUGGAGGACGUGAGGAUGAUUUCAGAGAUGUGUCACUGUCCUACUGCAUAUCCAAUCAACUGUCAGUACAGUCAUCUCAGCAAGUACCGCACCAUAUCAGGAGCCUGCAACAACAGGCAAAAUCCUCGCUGGGGAGCAGCCAACACCGCCUUGGUCAGAUGGCUUCCAGCUGAAUACGAUGACGGGGAGAACGAACCCAAGGGUUGGAACCGACAAAUGCUCCAUAAUGGAUUCCAUCUUCCCUCGCCUCGGAAGGUCAGCCAGGAAGUAAUCAGGACCUCUUGUAAAGAGACCGAUACGCACUACACUCAGCUGCUGGUGGAAUGGGGCCAGUACAUUGACCAUGACAUAACCUUUACCCCUCAAACCUCUGGAUCUACAUCUUACGGGACGGACUGUUUGGAUAUCUGUAAAAAUGUGCAUCCAUGCUAUCCCAUUGAGACAGAAGAUGAGCAUUGUGGUGAACAUGGCUGCAUGUCUUUCUUUCGCUCCUUGCCAGACUGCCAUGUACAGCUUGGGUGUGAUAUAAGACAAGCCUUGCAGCGACAACAGAUCAAUGGUCUCUCUUCAUUCAUUGAUGCUUCGGUGGUGUAUGGAAACACUCCAAAGCUUCAGAGCUUCCUUCGUGACCUUUGUGGCCUGAAUGGGAAACUUGCAGUCAACACCCAAUUCAGAGAUCCCAGAGGAAGACCGUACCUUCCGUUUGUAGACAAGCUGCCUUCAGCCUGCAUCCAGAACCCACAGGACCCACAGGGGGAGAGAGUGGACUGUUUCAGUGCCGGAGACAGUCGGGUCAACGAGGGUCUGCCUCUGACUAGUUUGCAUACGCUGUUUCUCAGGGAGCACAAUCGGAUCGCAGAGGCACUGAAACACAUUAAUUCUCACUGGAGCCCAGAGAUGAUAUACCAGGAAACACGCAAGAUUAUGGGCGCUCAGCACCAGAUCAUAACCAUGAGAGAUUAUGUCCCAAAGAUUCUUGGCCCAGAUUCGUUUCAUCAAUACAUUGGACCCUACAUGGGAUACGAUCCGACUGUGGACCCCUCUGCCGCCAAUGUGUUUUCCACAGCUGCAUUCAGGUUCGGCCACGGUACCAUCUCCCCGAUCGUCAGGAGACUGAACGAGAGCUUCCAGGAGCACGAGCUCUACCCCAGCUUGAGACUGCACAGUACUUUCUUCAGUCCAUGGAGAAUAAUCGAAGGUGGGAUUGAAUCAGUCCUGAGAGGUAUCAUUGGAUCUAAGGCAUCAGCUGUUAAGGCAAAAAUGCUGAUGACAGAGGAGGUAACAGAGAGGCUGGUCGUCCUGAAAGCACCACAGCGCAUGGACCUGGCUGCACUGAACAUGCAGAGAGGACGAGAUCAUGGUCUCCCAGGAUACAAUAAGUGGAGAGAAUUCUGUGGACUGAAGCACAUUAGGACAUUGGAUGAUCUCAAAGAGGUUGUGGGAGACAACACGGUUGCUGAGAAGAUACUAAAUUUGUACAAACAUCUUGACAAUAUCGAUGUUUGGCUUGGAGGACUAGUUGAAAAAGUAUUGCCUGGCUCUAGAACGGGACCUCUCUUUGCUUGCCUGAUUGGAAGGCAGAUGAAAGCACUCCGUGACGGUGAUAGGUUUUGGUGGAAUGCAGAGGGUGUGUUCACACAGCAACAGAAGAAUGAGCUUUUAAAAAUUUCCAUGUCUCGUCUCAUCUGUGACAACACUGACAUAAAGGAAGUCCCUUAUGAUUGUUUCAUAUAUGGAGAAUACCCAUCUGAUUAUGUCCAUUGUGAUUCUGUACCAUCAGUGAAUUUGGAAGCUUGGCGAGAAGAGGAGAGUCUAGACUUGCAGCAGUGUGGCUCUCCAGGAACAAUAGCAAAUGGGGAUUUUAUUUUGUCCUCUGCAUCUGGCCAACUGGUUGCUUUGUACUCCUGUUACCAUGGUUUCAAAUUACAAGGUGUUGCUGCUAUUGUUUGUGACGGAUAUCGGUGGAGUGGUCAGCCCCCACAGUGUACAGGGAGUCAUCUCUAAAUCGUCAACAACGCAGCAGAUCCAGAAAUGCGUCGUAGCUUUAGAACCAAGCUCAGGGAAAUGCUGUUUUCCUUGUUCUCUUUAUCUGUCAUUGAUGAUUUUGUUGAUUCAGUCUGUUUUCUGAAACACUUUUCAAAAUUAAAAUGUGUUCAAAUUUUAAUGAUAAUAUAUCUCAUAUCAACUCUAAAUUCUCUGUAGGUGUGAAUGCAAGUGUGAUUGUUUGUCUGUUUAUAGCCCUGCGAUGGAAUGGUGACCUGCCCAGGAUGUCCCUCACCUUCACCCUAAUUCAGCUGGAAUAGACCCAGCCCCCCCGCAACCAUAAUGAGGAUUAAGUGGAGUAUACAUAAUGGAUGGAUGGAUGGAUGGAUGGAUGGAUGGAUGGAUAGAUGGAUAUCGAAUAUCUUGUAACCUGUUCAAAAUUUGGUAGACUUUUAUUCUCUCUCAUUAGCAACAGUUGAAUUUAGAUAAAUAAAAUAUAUAUACAUAUAA